GGACAGGGGCCUUGUGGCGGCCCCGCGGCCGACAUGGCGGCCCCCCGCCCCGCUGGGCGAUGCCGUUAUUAUGUGGAGAGGAAGAAACGGGGGUGCCGGAUGAUGGCGGCCGCGGGCCGGCUGUUCUGCGGGGAGCACGCCGGAGCGGCGGGCGCCCAAGUACGGAAGAAGAUGCCAGGAAACGAAUCCCGUGUCCCCUUGAUCCAAAACACACAGUAUAUGAAGAUCAGCUCGAGAAGCAUUUGAAAAAAUGUAACUCAAGGGAAAAGCCCAAACCGGUUUUCUUUAUUCAAGAUAUUAAUGCAGGAUUAACAGAUGUUACAGAAACACCUGAAGAACAGGUCCCAAUUUCUUCUCUGUGUAAAGAAGAAUUAGAAAGCUUAAUCAGGAAAUUGAGAAAAGCAAGUGAAGGUGUAAAUCUCAGGCUUAAGGAUCAGACAUUGUCACAUCCAGUUUUGCAAGAGGCCCUAAAUGACCCAAAGAAUGGUGAUUCCGCAGCCAAGCAUUUGAAACAACAGGCAUCAAUUUUAGGUAACAUAGAAAAGUUAAAGUUACUUGGACCAAGAAGAUGCUUUGUUGAGUUUGGAGCAGGACGAGGAAAGUUGUCCCAUUGGGUUGAUACAGCCUUAGAAGGAGCUGAAAAUGUUCACUUCUAUUUAGUGGAAAGAGUGGCCACAAGAUUCAAGGUAGACGGGAAACACAGAAAAAGAAAUUCUAUGUUUGAAAGACUUCAGAUUGAUAUACAGCAUCUGUGUCUUGGCAAGAUCCCCAUGCUUGUAGAAAAAAAGCUACCUCUGAUAGGAAUUGGGAAACAUUUGUGUGGUGUGGCAACAGAUCUUGCAUUGCGAUGCUUGGUUGAGACCUAUGUGGCCCAGUGCGAGAAAAGAAGCGAGGAGCCUUCAGUCAAACGCAUAAAGAGUGAGAAGGAAGAGGCCAAGGAAACUAACACUCGGGAAGAAGACGGGAAGGAAGAGAAUGUUCCCGAGGCUUGGCCCCCUGUGGCAGGCAUUGUCAUUGCCUUGUGUUGUCACCACAGGUGUGACUGGACUCAUUAUGUAGGCAAAGAAUUCUUCAGGGCCUUGGCUCUUGGGCCAGUGGAAUUUGGCUAUUUUCAGAGAUUGAGCAGCUGGGCCACUUGUGGCAUGCGGGAGACAGCAGCCGAAACCUCAAAAACGGAGCCCCGGGGACAAGGAUGUCAGAGCGCUGAUAACGAAGAACACCAACCUGGAGCAUGCAGGCAUGCAGAUGAUAAGCCAGAUAGCUUGCAUGGGCUUCUUUCUGCCGAAGAACGGAAAAACAUAGGUCGUCUCUGUAAACGGCUGAUCGACCAAGGCCGAGUCCUGUAUUUACAACAGAAAGGAUACGAUGCAGAACUCCAGUACUACACAGACCCCAGCGUGUCUUUAGAAAAUGUGCUUUUAACAGCCGUACCGUGUCGAUCGUCAUCCACAGAGCCAUUUGUAUAACCUGAAUGAUAUGAAACACUUCCCAGCAAUGAACUUUUUAGACGGUUUGAAUAUUUUAAGUUGAUUCAACAUUUGUUCAGAUAUUUAUCAGUUUAAGCUUAGUCCGCCCUCUACAAAGAGUAUUAAGUCAUAUAUUCUAUUUGUCACAAAACUAUUUGUGCAUAUGGGAAAAUUUCUGGUUGACUUGACUGCAUCAGCUUUUGGGGUUGGCAAAACCUUCUUUUUCUUCAAUCCCUGUGCUGACUGUCGCCAUGUAUUUGAAGCACCAGUUUACAAAGGCAUUCCUCUUCAACAGGCAGCUGGAUAUAUUUUUAUCCAUCAGUAUUUAUGGAGAGUGAUGGAACAGUAGAAGAAGUAACCAGAUUUUCUGAAACACAAACAAUGUCAGGGUUGACCAGUGUUAACUGAAUCCCUUGUCUAUUAAUAUAAUAAGCAUUGUAUCUUCUAUUUCCAUAUGAUGUUUCUUUUCUUUGUCCAUAUAAUAGUGCUUUGGAACCUUUGUGAAAAAAAGAAUAAAUACAGAUUGUUGUUCUAUACGGGUAAGGAGCAAAGCUAGAAACAAGGCAUCUGGAAUUCCUUUAGAUAGGGCAAAUUUUGGAAGCUGGCCACUUUAAUAAAAAAAAAAAUGCAGGUCGAUGAAUGUAUACUUUUAUGUAUAAUAUGCAAACAGAGAUGGGGUGAAGAUACUAAGAUAUCUAACCCUUAGCUAGCCAAAAGCAGUGCCCAAAGGCAGGGGAUGGCUGGUAAAGCGAGCUCAAUGAAGCGUGCUGGAACCAAUCCGGAAGAAACCGUCAUUUUGAGAGGCACCAAGUGAAAGCAGACAGUGCGCGACUCAAUCUAACACUAGUAUCUUCUUCAAGUAGCCUCGGCAUAGUCACGCUUCAUCUAAUAUCAGGCAUGGCCCAUGAUACCCACCAGCAAAGCAGAAACGCUGUCCAGAAAACAAGUUCAUGGUUGUAUUUCUAGGUGUUAACUAGGGUGAGGCUGUUCGAAGCAUUAAUGAUCGGGUUAUUUUAAUUCAGGGAAGAAUCAGGUGAAUUUCAAUAAUUUGAAGAUGUAUUUUAAUAAUCAUAUGCAACAGCUGUCUGGCAAGAGUUUCUGUAACACAUUGAGUUUUUUUUUACAAUGCAGGGCUUGUAGAUUCUGCAUUAAAUGAAGGGUUCUCUUGUCA